GAUCAAGUGUCAUUUGAUGAGAAUGGUGAUGCCCUGCCAAUAUAUGACAUCAUGAACUGGUUGUGGCUCCCUGAUGGACGAACUAAAGUUCAGAAUGUGGGUGAGGUCAAGAGGUCAGCCUCCAAAGGGGAAGAACUCACACUUGAUGAAGACAAAAUCUUCUGGAACUUUCAGCCCAGAAAGCCACCUCGAUCAGUGUGCAGUGAGAGCUGUCCUCCAGGUACACGAAUGGUGAGAAAGAAGGGGAAACCAGAGUGCUGUUUUGACUGCAUCCCUUGUUCUGAGGGAAAGAUCAGUAAUAAUACAAACUCCAUGGAGUGCAUCAUUUGUCCAGAGGACUUCUGGUCCAGCCCCCAGCGUGACCAAUGUGUUCCAAAGAAGACAGAGUUCCUCUCCUACCAUGAUCCUCUGGGUAUCUGUUUGACAGCCACCUCAUUGCUGGGCACAUUGAUCUGUGCUGCUGUUUUGGGAAUCUUCGUGUAUUAUCGCAAAACACCGAUAGUACGCGCCAACAAUUCAGAACUGAGUUUCCAGCUAUUGCUGUCCCUUAAACUAUGCUUCCUGUGUUCGCUGCUGUUCAUUGGACGACCCAGACUGUGGACAUGCCAACUUAGACAUGCAGCAUUUGGGAUCAGCUUUGUGCUUUGUGUAUCAUGCAUCCUGGUGAAGACCAUGGUGGUUCUGGCUGUGUUCAAGGCCUCCAAGCCAGGAGGUGAAGCCAGUCUCAAGUGGUUUGGUGUUUUGCAGCAGAGAGGAACAGUUCUGGUUCUUACAUCGAUUCAAGCAGCGAUCUGUACUGCCUGGCUUCUCUCUUCCUCACCAGCUCCACAUAAAAACACUCAGUACCACAAUGACAAGAUAGUUUAUGAGUGUGUAGUAGGGUCCACCGUUGGUUUUGUGGUGUUAUUGGGCUACAUUGGCUUGUUGGCUAUCCUCAGUUUUCUGAUUGCAUUCAUGGCGAGAAAUCUUCCUGACAGUUUUAAUGAGGCCAAGCUCAUCACUUUCAGCAUGCUGCUCUUCUGUGCUGUGUGGGUGGCCUUUGUUCCGGCUUAUAUCAGCUCACCAGGAAAACAUGCAGAUGCAGUGGAAAUAUUUGCCAUCCUGGCCUCCAGUUUUGGCCUCCUGGUGGCCCUGUUUGGACCCAAAUGUUACAUAAUCCUGCUGAGACCAGAGAGGAACACAAAGAAAGCAAUCAUGGGUCGAGGAGUGAUCAAGUCAUGACCUGUUGCACCAGGUCCGGAGUGGGACUCAAUUUCAACCCUGGAGUUUCAUGCCUCAGACCGGCCCACUUUAGAUCACAACCUAUUGCUAUUAAAAUCAUGUAAUUCUA